GAACUGAGCAGGCGCUCCCUAACACUGCAUGUACACGGCAGAGACUUCGCUGUUGGUGAGUACAUCGCGUCCAACAUCGUCACAGCCAUCAACGAAAGUAGGAGGACCCUAGUGGUUCUCACACAGAACCUGCUGACCAGCAAGUGGUGCAACUAUGAGCUGCAGGUAUGCCACGUUCUCUGAUUGUUCUUAGAGAAGAAUAUUUAAUAAAGUAUUGAAGAAAUGAGAUGUUAUACUGACUUGGUCUACGGUUCAAUUCUUUUCAUCAGGGUAUCUAUCAUGCAAUGGAGGUUGGAAGGCCUGAGGCAAUAGAAUCAAAUGUGUCACUUUCGGUCCAAUUUUUACGGACAAAUCACUUUAAGUCUAAUUUUUACGGACAAAUCACUUAAGUUCUAAUUUUUACGGACAAAUCAGAUUAGGUCAAAUUUUUACGGACAAAUCCCUUUCGGUAAAAUUUUUAUUGACAAAUCACUUUCGGUCAAAUUUUUAUGGACAAAUCACUUUAGGUCCAAUUUUUACGGACAAAUCACUUUAGUUACAAUUUUUACGGACAAAUCACUUUCGGUCCAAUUUUUACGGACGGUUGACGGCCCUGGUUUCUACUCUCAUGUAACGAGUGUUAUUUUCGUUAUAAUGAUUUGUUUUUUUAAGCUUUUAAAAACAUAUAAGUAUAAACUACCUGAAAGUGUUUUUUUUCUAAUAUGUAAUAAUGCAAAGAUUAAUAUAUAAUAUAAACACGUAAACCAAACAGAAACACAAAUAAAUGUUAUUGCUUUUAUUCCGAAAUCUAGAUGGCGAACAUGGAGUCCGUGUACACUGGCCGGCGCGUCCUGGCUUUCCUCCUCAUGGAGUCCAUCCCCAACGGCGUGCUCGGCACGGACCUGCUCUACCACAUACGGACCAACACCUACACGGUGUACCCCAGCAGGGGCGAGGGUGGCGCUGCGGACGGGGCGCCGGAGGUGUUCUGGGAUAAGCUUGCCAGCGACCUGAAACGCUGA